AUGGGUUCGGCCCAUCGCGAUGCAGAAAGCCGUCAGAUACUGUCUUGGAUCGGUGUUUCCUUCGUAGGGGGUAUCUUCAGCUUUCCCGGGUGGUGGACCGGAGCGUGGCCGAUCCUGUCGGUGAAGGGGUGUUCUGUGCCUCUCGAAGCACUUGAUCGAUUUCCGGGAGCAUAUUCGCUUGGAUUCGGGAGUUCAUGUUCUGGAGCUGGCUCUGCAUCCGCCGUAUUUCAUACUCGUGGCCGUUCCAUUCGGCGUUUUCCAAGGAGUAGGAGAUGGUGUUUGCGCAAGAUGGCCCCGCUGUGCCGAUCAGGACGGUUGGUGGCGUAG